UCAUUAUCGUAAUAGGCACACAUGCCUGUAUAAGGGCGGCUGGCUGACUAGACCGUGCAUCUUGAAACCGCGGCUGGUUUGACCGCAGUACAUCAUAGAACCUGGACUCACUACGUAUAGAACAGCUGGAGGUCACGUGGUGCAAUGUCACCGCACAGCCAGUCACGUGACAAGCAUGGCUUCUCCUGUGAACUCUCAGGGACUUUCUAACCGAGUGUGAGUGGAAAAAGGCGGACACCCGCUCUACCGUUUGGAAUAAAUUGGCAUGAUAACGAUCAUUGGGAUUGGAACCUGCAGUAAAACAAGAGCUGUUUUCUUAGAGCCUCCAUUUAAGCCCAGAUAUGUUGCGCUGGAAUUCCGCUCUCCAUCACUCAUUGCGGUGGCUUUGCACUCGCAGUGUAAGGACUGACACCUUGCUGGAUCAGAUAAAAAGAUCUACCAACAAGUACCACAUCUUUCAGCUGGUUGGGAUACAUCGACCUGUACUUACCUUGGAGCAUGUGACCUGUGCAAUGAAUUUACUCUGGCAGUUUCAUAAAGUGAAGUCCGAUGAGUUGAGCAGUGUUGACCACAUCGGAAAACACCCAGAAUUUAUAUCACUUUGUACUGUAGUAGAACAUAAUAUUGAUCUCAUGGAGGAUAGUGAACUUGUGGCUGUUUUAAAUACAGUUGACAGUUUACAAGUGGAUGCUCACAGUUCUUUAGUGCAACGGCUGGUAACCGAAGGCUGGAGAAGGUUAGAAAGGCUUGACCCUCUCUCAUUGUCAACAUUUGCUGCUUGCUUGAGAAGGCAACAUAUGACCAGAAGCCCACUCAUGGGCCAGAUAGCCAGCAUUGUAGACUUGUGUCUGGAUGAUGUAGAAGAUCCUGUGGCGCUCUCCAGUUUUGUUUGCAACUUGUAUGCUGUAAGCUCACCCCGUCUUCAAGAGCGGCUGUUUAGAAAGGCAGAGUCCAGUUUGGAGAAACUGGAUGCUUCUCAUUUAGAGAAUCCUAUCCAACUUAUGGAAGUUCUCAGUAAGGACAAAUCUAAGUUAUCCUUGAUGAAGAAAUGUGACAAAUUUUUCCAGAAGAAUGCUAGUGCCAUAGACUCGCAGACCAUAUGCAACAUUAUGAGAGUGUAUCAAUCCCUGAAAUUCACCAACUGUGAGUUCAUUGUUACAGCGAAGGCUAGACUGAUGGAAGAGGUAAAGUGCUGUGAUCAUCCAGGCAAUUUUGCUGAUCUCUUUGUUGCCCUAGGACCCAUUGUUUCUUUGAAGAUAAGACAAAGUCUUAAAAAGAAGCUCUCAAACUUUGCAGAUAAGAUGUCUCCCAAUAAUCUGCACGAUGUUCUGAAGACAAUGGAAGACAUGGAGUGUACAAACACUGAGCUCAUCCAAAAAAUCUGUUCACAGGUACAGAAGCAUUUGAUGGCUUACUCGCUGGGACAGCUAUGCAGCAUCGCAGAGGCUGUGGUAUUACUGGGCUUAAAGGAUGACAGUCUACGUACAGAACUUCAAAUAAUUUUAAAAAGGCAUAUGUUGUCAAGUUAUGUUCCAUCUGAUGUUGCCCAGACCAUCAAAGCCAUGUCUUUGUUGAGCCCUAACAAGAUUGAUGAUGUUGUUCUUUCUAAACUUGAUGAUAUCAUUGCUCAGUGCAACUUCUAUGACUUAAGCCAGGUGAUGUUUGUUGUCACCCGGCUGUUGCAGUCAACUCGUACGCCUCCUAGAAAAAAUCGAAUGAAACUUCUUAAUGAUCUGCACAGCUAUAGACUGAAGAGAGUGAGUGAGGCAGUGUCUUUGGAUUCUCUUAUACUUGAAAUACAUAAGAAAGAGAUUGUCAACCAAAUGGAAACGGCACUUGUAGAAGCCACAUUACAUACCUGCCAACGUUUCAUACAUCAGCUUAGCCUGAAGAACGUUAUCCCAUUUUCUGUUUUAGUCCUUCGAAUAAACACUCAGUGUCCUCUUCUUUUGGACAAAAUUGCAGAAGUAACUAUGGAUAAUCUCAAAGAGAUACAUCCAUCUGCUGUGUACCCAAUUUUACGUGUUUUUUCUUAUAUGAAUUAUGAACCUCCCCAAGGGAAAGAUUUUUUUGAUGCUUGUGCACGCCAUGUAUGUAACAAUAAGGACUCUUUGUCUCCUCACUCCUUGGUGCUGACAGCUUAUGCUCUAGCAUUGGCUGGGUACUUCCCAAAAGAGCUCAUAAAAGCAAUAUUCAGCAACGAUUUCCUUCUCAGUUUUGAUUCUCAGUUGGAUGCCUUAAAUUGCAGAAUAAACAAGAAGUUACGUCUCUUCCUUAUGGAGCUGAAUCGUGCGGUCUGUAUAGAGCACCCAGAAUAUGGAGUUCCCUGGUUCCAUGAGGAAUAUUGUCAGCAACUGCCGCAGAGAGAGAAAGGUGUGCCCCAUCAGCAGAUUCAUCAACUACUCAAAGAAAUAUUUGGGGGCCCAGAUUAUACAAAAAUGUCUGUGAUGAUACCAUACUCUUACACUAUAGAUUUUGAAUACAUUCUAGAUAAAGAGAGAAACCCCAUUGCAUAUGUACAAGAGGAUGAUCUGUCAUCUUACUCACCAUCGAUGUGUGAAUCUGUCAGUCACUUACAGGAAAAUAAGCCUUUACCGGCAGGUGCACAGAGGGUCGCUGUAGAUUUUAUCUAUUCUUGGGCAUUGCUCAGGAAUUCUCCCCAUGUAAAAGGUCUAUUUGCAAUGAAGAAAAGACAUCUGGAGAUCUUGGGAUACCAUGUCAUUCAGAUCCCAAGUUAUGAAUUGAACUCUACAAGUCUUGGAACAAAGGCUGCCUGGACAAGUUACCUCAGAAAAAAGAUAUUUGCAGAUGAUGUGUAUACAGUCUGAAGUAUAUUUUAUUGUAAUUAAAAACAUGUUUUUUAUGGAG